AUGUGCACAGGAAAGUGCGCCCGCUUCGUGGGGCUCUCCCUCAUCCCCCUCUCCCUGGUCUGCAUUGUGGCCAACACCCUCCUGCUAGUGCCCUAUGGUCAGACCACCUGGAUCAAGGACCACCUCAGCUUGCAAGUCUGGCUCAUGGCUGGCUUCAUCGGCGGGGGCCUGAUGGUACUGUGUCCAGGAAUUUCCGCCGUCCGAGCAGGGGGCAAAGGCUGUUGUGGUGCAGGCUGCUGUGGGAAUCGCUGCAGGAUGCUGCGAUCGGUCUUCUGCUCGGCGUUCGGGAUGCUUGGUGCCAUCUACUGCCUCUCGGUAUCAGGAGCCGGGCUCCGAAAUGGACCACAAUGCUUAAUCAACGGCUCCUGGGCAUACCACUUCCAACAGACCGCAGGCUCCUACCUGCUCAACCGCACUCAGUGGAGCUCGUGCGUGGAGCCGCCUGGUGUAGUCUACUGGAACGUGACGCUCUUCUCGCUGCUGGUGGCCGCCUCGUGCCUGGAGAUUUUGCUGUGUGGGGUGCAGCUGGUGAACGCGUCCAUUGGUGUCUUCUGCGGCGAUUGUCGGAAGAAGGAGGGCGCCCCUCACUGA